AACAAUGGCCAAGUUUUUAACUCGUUCAACAUCGAAGGCAAGGAUGAAUAGCAAACAAUAAAAUUAUUGAUUAACGUUUAGUACAUUUUCAGCAAUAGUCAAAGGUUUUGUUUAUUUUAUAUAUUUUUUUUAAAAAUAUAGUGAAGUUAUAAAAGUCUAUGCUUAUUACUCUUUUUUCAUGUAGAUGACCUUUUGAUGGUUUUGGUGCAUAUUCACGAACAGAAACAAAAAAAUCACACCAGCAGGCUGUUUUCAAUCUCUUUACUCGGGUGUUGAGAGCUAAUUCAGUCAACACUGAAUAUUACAAGCUAUACCUUGGUGUCAGUGCUCUGAAUAAGUCAUACAGCAUGGCUGCUGUGGGCACUUGGUCCUUCUCUCUCCCUGCUGUAGAAAGAAUGCGGUGCAUGAUUCUAGCAGGACAAAGUUCCACUGAUGUUGUUGAGAACGCAAUUGCAGAAGUUGAGAAUGAUGUGCAGACCGGUCGUUAUAUAGUUGGAAGAGGAGGCUUCCCCAAUAGCAAGGGAAUAGUUGAAUGUGAUGCAGCAAUAAUGGAAGGCGUGCCUGGGAGAUUUGGGGCAGUAGCUGCAUUGUGCGGUGUAGGAGAGCCAUGUCGGGUUGCACGCAAAGUAAUGGAGAGAAGUCCUCACAGCUUUUUAGUUGGUGAAGGAGCUGAAGCUUUUGCACGGGAACACGGUUUUACCAUUGAGCCCAAUAAAGACAUGCUCUCCACUCAUACAGCCACUGCAUAUCAGGAAUUUCUUGAAAAGGGGAAACAAGUAAGAGGUCAUGAUACUAUUAGUCUCAUCGCUUUGGAUCUCACAGGAAACAUAACUGUUGGUGUAUCUACAUCAGGAAAACCCUUUAAGGCUCCAGGGAGAGUAGGGGACUCUCCACUUCCUGGCUGUGGACUAUAUGCCGACCACACAGUAGGUGCUGCAGCGGCAACAGGUGAUGGAGACAAAAUCAUGUGCUACUGUCCUAGCUUUCAAAUUGUACAGUUGAUGAGACAGGGUUUGUCUCCUAAAGAAGCCUGCUGUUCUGUCCUGACCGAUAUAAAGAAAAGAACUGUAGAAGAAAAAUGCUUUGAGAUUGGGCUUAUUGCCUUAAACCUGAAGGGAGAAGUUGGUGCAGCCUCCUCAGUGGAAUUCCCAUAUACUUUCUGGAACCAGGGAAUGGAUUCAGUGGAAAAACAUGUCCUUUCUUAUUAAAUUUCCUCUUCAUUCUUAACAAGUAUACAAUGUUAAGAGAGAAAAAUCUUGUAUUGCAUUAUGAUUUGUACAGCAUGUACCUUAUGAAUUACAUCACAAUAAUCUGUAUCUGAAAGAUCUUUAUUGCCAAGUAUGUAAGGAAUUUGUGUUAGUCUCAUACACUUCCAGUACACAGAGACAACAAGAUGAGAUUACAAAAAAGAAAAAAAUCACACACACACACACACACACACAUAUAUAUGGCACCCUGUUUAGUUUUUAUCUGUUUAUAACUGUUAUAAUUACAGCUGGAUAAUCAUCAGAAACAAUGAUAUUAUUAUAUGAAUGUUGAAAUGUCUUACUGUACUGAAUAAUCAGAUUGAGGAUAAACCUAA